ACAAGUGUAAAAUCCUUACUAUAGUGAUAUUCGUUGCUCCUCUCGGGUCGUGGUUUUUCCCUUAUUUAGGAGGGUUUCCACGUAAAAUCUUGGUGUCAUUCUUUCUCUUUUAUUCUCGUUGAUUAACCGUAUUGUUGUGUUCCGCAUUUGUUGCCUUUAUUACCGCAAAUAUUAUUUCUGUUACGGAUUUAUUCCCAACACUUUAUGUACGGGACAUUAACACGUCCUAAUCUACUAGGCAACAAACGCCAUCGGUAUAGUCUUUCAUAAAACCUAUGAUUAUUCUUAUCUGUACAAUAAUAUUUUACACAUGAGUACUGGAGAAAUAUGCAGCUUAUCCCCAUUAUUUUUUCUGCACUCUUUCUGUUACCAAUGUGUGAACUUUUUUUUAAUCAUAUGGUCAGCCUUCUUACUCCUUUUGCAUCUAACCCCAGUAGGAUUUUCCAGAAAUCCAUGUGGUGUAUUUAUGGUUUCUUUGCAAUAUGUCCACCUACCUUCAUAAAUAUAUAGUAAAAAAAAACAUUAAACUAAUAUUUUACAGAAUUCUAGGACAGAGUGAUACCAAGAUCUACAGUCUUUGACUUCAAACUAAUUAUAAAACAUAUACUCCCUCUGUCCCUUUUACUUUUCAUUUUCGACAAGUCGAUAAUUUUUUUUACCUAUUAUACCUGUGAUUUGUUCAGAGAGAAAAUGUUUUUGGAAAGGGUAGAACCACGGGGCAAAAUGAUAAACUCAGUACCAAGUCAAAAAUGGACAAUUAAAUAGAGACAAAGUGAGUAUGUUUCUUCUGAAUAUUCAAGAGUUGACCUUGUUGAAAUUAAGAAGAAAAUAUAUCCGGCACUGAAGAGUCUCAUGGAAUAUGAACCAUCGGAUGAGGUAAAGGCUAUUGAUGAUACAAAGGCUGGUGUUAAGGGACUUGUUGAUUCUGGAAUAGUCGAGAUUCCACGAAUUUUCAUCAGGCCACCUCAUGAACUUGCUGAGGAGUUAAAUAUCUGCAAGUCAACUCUACAGGUUCCAGUGGUGGAUCUCAGUGGCUUAGAAGUUGAAGAUGGGCGUAAGAAGAUUGUUGAUGAAAUAAGGGAAGCAUCUGAGAAAUGGGGAUUUUUUCAACUGAUAAAUCAUGGGGUUCCUUCAAGUGUUUUGGAAGGAAUGAUUGAUGGGACUCGUAAAUUUCAUGAACAAGAUGUUGAAGUGAAAAAAGAGUACUAUUCGUCUGAUCCAACAUCUAGACGAGUUAGAUAUGAUAGCAAUCUUCUUCAGUACAAAACAAAAGGGAAGACUGCAAACUGGAAGGAUUCAUUAUACAUCUCUGGGCUAGUUUCUGGUCACAUUGAACCUGAAGAAAUACCAGAAGUUUGCAGGAAAACAUCCCUCGAGUACAUAAAUCAUGUCAUAAAAUUAGAAGACAUUCUUCUUGGCUUACUAUCAGAAGCUCUCGGGCUAAAGUCAAACCACUUGAAAGCCACCGAAUGUGACAAAGGACAAAUGUUGGCAUGCCAUUAUUACCCGGCAUGCCCACAGCCAGAGCUAACUCUUGGUACUGGUAAGCAUACAGAUCCUGUUUUCCUUACGAUUCUGCUUCAAGAUCAAAGUGGCGGGCUCCAAGUCAUGUGUGAUAACCAAUGGGCCGAUGUUACACCGAUUGAAUAUGGUUUGGUUGUUAAUAUUGGUGAUCUCCUUCAGAUCGUAUCAAAUGACAAGUUUGUAAGUGCAAUUCAUAGAGUUGUAGCAAAUAAGGUAGGACCAAGGAUUUCAGUGGCAUGCUUCUUCAGUUCGGUAUCUCCAAAGAUGUUCAGUCCAAUCAAAGAGCUCAUAUCGGAAGAAAAUCCCCCACUAUAUAAAGACUUUCUAGUAGCUGAUUAUCUCGCUAAAUUUUUCUCCAAACCUCUUGAUAAGACUGGUCUUGAUCUUUUCAGACUGUGAAUAGAGACCGAGCAAAUCCAUCAGAAAAGACUAUCAUCAUUCAUACAGAACAAUGUGGAUCAGUUUGUAUCUUUCAAGUGAUCACUAUUCACUGCUGCUUUAAUCUAUUUUCAGGAUACAAUUUGAAGUGCUCUAGAACUUGCAGCCUUUUUUUCGGGGCAGCCUAUCAUCAAUCUUGGCGUGG